CCGUAAUAUAAACUCAAUUUUAGAAAGUGUUGGGUGCAACCUAACUUUCCUAAGACGAAUUCCGCAUCUACGUGGAAGAUAUAUCAACGUAUAAGAAAAUGUUUUCGCCAUUGGUCAUUGCAGUUUUAGUUUUCUUUCAGGCAGUUGAAAGCGUUAAAGUUACAGAGUUUGUCUACUUCGAUGUAAAACAUGGCAGCAAAGACCUUGGCAGAAUAGAAAUUGGUCUAUUUGGAGAUGUUGCUCCAUUGACAGUGGCCAACUUCAAGCAACUGGCCACACAUGAGCUUGGAUUUGGAUACAAAGGCAGCAUUUUUCACAGAGUCAUUCCAGAUUUCAUGAUUCAAGGUGGAGAUUUUACCAAUCGAGAUGGCACUGGUGGUAAGAGCAUCUAUGGUGAAAAAUUUGCUGAUGAAACCUUUAAGCUGAAACAUGAUGGUGCUGGAAUUCUCAGCAUGGCUAAUGCAGGUCCAGACACCAAUGGUUCCCAAUUUUUCAUCACCACAGUACCGACGCCAUGGUUGGACGGGCAUCAUGUUGUGUUCGGGAAGGUAAUCAGCGGGAUGGAUGUUGUACACAUAAUUGAGAAAGUGGAUCAUACAGUCUUGGACAAACCCACUGUCGAUGUUGUGAUUCAGGACAGCGGGGUGCUUACUAAGGAUGCUUACGAUAUGGCCCUUGAGUAGAUUACUUGUAAGGGGUACUAAACCUGGGUGUUAUUUUAUAAAUUACCUACAAGUCAUCAUGUAUAUUUGAUUCUUGACAAUUUUUGUUUAUCUUUUGUUCAAACUAAAUACUUUUUUCUUUUUUCUUUGGUGUAGUGGAUUGUUUAUUAUCUAUUUACUUAUGAAUUAUUUUCACCAUUUGUAAAAAGUAUACAAAAAAAGAUAUUGUGAUAUUUUCUAUGUAAAGUGUCCCAACACUUGCCUCAAAUGUGCUUUUCUACCAUUUGGGAUUUAUGGUGUUGUGAAAACUUAAGUCAUAUGCAAAAUUGUGUGCCUUUCAUUGAAGAAAGAAUCAUUGUGAAUUGUUAAAGUACAAUUGGGGUUUAGUAAGACAAAUUAAUUGCUUACAUGUAAUAAUGGUUUACUGGUAAUUAUUGCUAUGUUUGCAUUUGAACCAUUGAAUUGUGUUGGAAAAUUGCUGUUGAUUUUUUUUAUGAUUUGUUUUUAUAUUACAAUUGAUAAAGAGCUGUACUUAAAAUCAAAGGUAAUUCUGAACUCAGAAGUGUAUUAUCUAAUUAAAUUUUAGUUUUUUCUCACUUUUACUUUACAUAUUCACUAAAUGUGUUAAAAUAAGGUAUUUUUAUAAGUUUGUUUACAUUGUUUUAAGAUUUAUCUAAAGUUGGCAUUUAUUAAAAUGACAUUUUUGUCAGAACAUAUAUAACCAUACAUAUACACACUCAUUUGUCGAAAGAUGGUGCUAGGUAACUACUGUUGCUCAAGAUCUCUUUAAUUAUUAUGUCAUAAUUUUGGGUAUUAUUUAGAUAUAAAUUACAUUUCCUUUUGCUUCCUUUAUUAGCUUGUGUGAUUUUGUUAUUGAGGUUGAAAGGCUGUUGUCAUCAUAUCAUCAUCACCUCUGUUGUCAUCAUAUCAUCAUCACCUCUGUUGUCAUCAUAUCGUCAUCACCUCUGUUGGUUGUGGAAUCUUUAGUCAUCGCAACAAUCCUCCACACUUGAGGUCAACCAUCGUGGAAGCCUUCAUAUGCGUAUAGGUUUUGACAGCUCUUUCUGAAUUUAGACUACCGGUACUGUAAUUGCAUAAUCCAUUGAACUGCAUGGCACUUUGGAGGCAUCCGUCACUUACUGUGACAGCUCUUGUUAAGGUAUUUGUUGAACCUCAGGGCUUUAAUUGUUAGCAAUAAAAAAAAUUAAGCUUAUAUACUUCUGUCAUUGACAUAUUUGAAUGAAAGUUUAUGCCAAAUAAUUUUGAUAUGAUAUAACUAUAAAUGUGGUUAUACACAGUUUUAUUUUUUUUACGCUAUAAACCCAUGUUAAAAGCAGAGAUUUUGAUGAUUAUUUUGUCGGUUAAAAUGUCAAUUAGCCUAAGUUGUUUAUUAGUUGUCAAAUUAGUCAGAUAAUCUUAUACAUGAAUAAAUAAUUAAGCAUU